AAGUUGAAAACGCUUGUUGAUCACAGAUUUCGACAGAAAUUCAAAGGAUCUGAGAGAAUUGAUGGUGGAUGUGAUGGGUCAAGUUAAAGUUAAGAUCUUAGUCAGGUUUUUGGAAAGAAACAACGGUAUGUUCAUCGUUAGGACUCGCGGUAAAUGUAGCUUAGUCAUGCAGGAGACGAUUCAAGACAGUAGGACAGAUUUAGACAAAGUGCAGGAUUUUAAUGAAGACUCGCACCGGUACCCUGACAUGAACAUCUAUAUUUUUCGAGCCUCAAAACCAGCCUUGCUUAUGAUCAUGCCGAGUCAUAACCGUGAUGGAAGUUGCCAGGAAACAACAGGCCAGCAUUCUGCCGUGGAGAGCACACUCUCAGAGUACCAGCAGAGUUGUUUGCAGAUAACAGAAAACGUUUGGCAGAAAGACUGAGAGCUACAAAAAAGAUGCCAGCGGGGGCAUAUGUGCUCCUCCAAGGCGGGGAAUCAGAAACAAGGCACUGCUCAGAUCAUGAACCAAUAUUUAGACAGGAGUCUUACUUUCACUGGGCAUUUGGUGUAGAGGAACCAGAUUUUUAUGGUAUUAUUGAAGUUGACACUGGACGAGGAAUUUUAUUUCCUCCAAAGCUUCCUGAUGUUUAUGCAAUCUGGAUGGGAAAGCUUCUGGAUGUCAAAGAUUUCCAAGUUCGUUAUGGGAUGGAUGAGGCCCACUGGGCAGAUGAUAUAGCCAAAGUGUUAAAAGAUAAGAAUGCCUCCCUCCUGCUUACAUUGAGGGGAUUGAACACAGACAGCGGAAACUACAGCAGAGAGGCAGCUUUUGAUGGGAUCAGUGAGUUCAAAGUAGACAAUGCCGUUUUACAUCCAGAGAUAUCGGAAUGUCGAGUGUUUAAGACAGAUCUAGAACUAGAGGUGAUGAGAUACUCCAACAGGAUCAGUAGUGAGGCUCAUAAAGAGGUGAUGAAAUGUGUCAGACCGGGAAUGUUUGAAUAUCAAAUGGAAAGUAUCUUCAAACAUUACUGUUACUUCAAUGGUGGGAUUCGACAUUUAGCAUACACCUGUAUUUGUGGCAGUGGGGACAAUGGUUCUGUGUUACACUAUGGACAUGCAGGUGCUCCCAAUGCCAAACAAGUACAGGAUGGGGACAUGUGUCUUUUAGAUAUGGGAGGUGAAUACUACUGCUACACUUCAGACAUUACCUGCUCAUAUCCAGCCAAUGGGAAGUUCACAGAGAAACAACGAGGAAUAUACGAGACAGUGUACAAGUCCAGCCGGGCUGUGAUGAAGGCUCUGAAACCUGGUGUAUCAUGGGUAGAAAUGCAUCUACUGGCAGACAGAGUACAUCUAGAGGAGCUGAAGAAAUUGGGGCUUCUGAAAGGGGAUGUAGAGGAGAUGAUGAAAGUCCGUCUGGGAGCGGUGUUCAUGCCCCAUGGCCUAGGACAUUUCAUGGGGAUUGACACCCACGAUGUUGGGGGGUACCCAGAGGGUGUGGAGAGGAGUGAUAAGCCAGGGCUAAAGUCCUUGAGAACAGCCAGAGUAGUGCAGCAAAGAAUGGUUCUGACCAUAGAACCUGGGGUCUACUUUAUUGAUGUGCUGUUAGACGGUGCCUUCAACAACCCUGACCAGUCCCAAUUCAUGUGUCGUGAAGUCAUAGAUCAGUACAGAGGCUUUGGAGGGGUACGAAUUGAGGAUGAUGUGGCGGUCACUGCCGAUGGAAUGGAGUUACUGACGUGUGUCCCCAGGACGGUGGAAGAAAUCGAAAGUCUAAUGGCAGAAGGAAGACAGCGUCCCCAGAUUCUACUCCCUCAGGAAGCAAUCAAGUCUGCUUAGUCAGGGGUGUUGUGUAGUCAGUGCACCAGUCAAGUCUGCUUAGUCAGGGGUGUUGUGGGCACCAGUGCACCAGUCUCAGUCUGCUCAUCAUCAUUUUUAUAAACUUUGAUGUUCAUACCCAGUGUAUAAUUACCUGUGAUACUUUGAUCAUUAUUAACUAUGCAACAUUCAUACGAGUCAUUAACUUUAAGCUUAUUAUUCUGUACUAAGGAGAUAGAACAUUCAUUGUAUGGCAGUGAACUGAUUCUACUAUGUGUAUAUUUAUCUCCUGAUGAUCAACCAAUAUUGAUGGUGCUAGUCAUAUGUAAUAUGAUGAAAUAACAAUGAUGGAAGACACAUUCCAGAUGCAAACAUAAUCAUAUUCCUGUAGUUGAUAUGCUAUUCUACAAGUUGUGAAACAGAUUGGUUGUUCCUUUCAUUGGUCAUUAAAUUGCUUUGUAUAAA